AUGACGGAGUAUACAGUAUUGAAAGCUGGCUUGAAGAAGCAGCUGGAGGAGAUUGAAAGAUUGUACCCAGGUGCAUCAUACAAUGUGCAAGUUGAACAAUCGAGACAAAGGGAAUAUCCACAGUUAAACGGCAUUACAUACUUCGACCAUGCUGCGACAACGUUGUAUUCCUCCUCUCUUAUCGAUGCUGUAUCUUCGGAUCUAAAGCAGAACCUCUUCGGAAACCCACAUUCGCUAUCCCCCUCCUCGCUUGAAACCACGAGAAGAAUACAAGAUACCCGAGUUAGGGUGUUACAGUUGUUCAAUGCGGACCCGGAACAUUUCGACGUUGUAUUUUGUGGGAACACAACAGCUGCGAUCAAACUUGUGGCUGAUGCAUUCGUGGCUCAGGAUUCCGAUGUUGGAUCUGGAUUUCAAUACAGGCUUCAUGAAGAUUCGCAUACGAGUCUGGUUGGGAUUCGUCAGGUGGCUGGCAGCUCUCAAGCCUUGAGCUCGAACCAAAUGAGUAAAUUUGUCAAUUCGAAAGGGGGAGAUGGGUUCGGUCUUAUGGCCUAUCCAGCGCAGUCAAACAUGACGGGUCAAAGGUAUCCACUAUCUUGGGCUAGCACAUUGCGGCAGAAUAGACCGGGAUGGUAUACUUUGCUUGACGCUGCUGGAUUGGUUACUACCUCGCCAAUCGAUCUGAGCGACGUUUCGGCCGCUCCGGAUUUUGUGGCUCUUUCCUUUUAUAAAAUGUUUGGAUAUCCUGAUCUUGGUGGAUUAAUAGUUCGCAAAGCGAGCUCGUCUGUUCUGAAGAAUAGGAAGUACUUUGGAGGCGGGACUGUAAGCUUUGUCAUGAAUCCUUUCGAACACCCGUCAAAAAAUUCAUCCCAUGCAAUUAGGAAGUCGGGGGAUCCUCAUGAGUAUUUAGAAGACGGAACCGUUCCGUUCCAUUCGAUAAUUGCCCUUGAUCACGCCAUCUCAGAUCACAGACGUCUGUAUAGCGAUUUUAAGAGAAUUUCACAACAUACUCAAGCCCUUGGUACACUCGUCUACGAAUCGCUCAAGGCUCGGCAACAUGUAAAUGGGACAUAUAUAGCCGAUAUCUACACGGACCGACAUCCUAGUAAUCCGAGUAUUCAAGGUGCUACAUUUGCGCUCAAUCUCCGAAAGUCAGAUGGUUCUUUUGUUGGAUUCAAUGAUGUUCUCAAACUCGCAUCAGUUCGGGAUAUCCACCUUCGAACCGGCGGCCUAUGCAACCCGGGAGGUGUUAUGAAAUGGAUGAACUUGUCGGAGCAGGAAAUGCGAAAGAAUUUUGCGGACGGAAAGAGAUGUGGUGAUGAGUGGGACCUUAUGAAUGGCAAGCCGACUGGUGCGGUUCGUAUUAGCUUGGGCGCUAUGAGCACUCUUGACGAUGUAGCAAGAUUCCUAUCUUUCAUUGACGAAUUUUACGUUGAGAAGACAGCCUCGUGCAUUGCUACAGAACUGUUUCCUCCCUCGUCUAGUGCCACAAAAAUCAGCAAGAUAUCUAUAUAUCCCAUCAAAUCAUGCGCGGCAUUUGACAUACCACCUUCGAAGCCUUGGAGGAUUUUGACUCAAGGUCUUGAAUACGACCGAGAGUUCUGCCUGAUCCACCAGGGAACCGGCAAAGUUAUGGAUAUGAAAAUGUAUCCGAAGAUGGCACUUAUCAGACCAUUUGUCGAUUUGGAGACACGAGAAUUAUCUAUUUCUUGUAAACAAGCUUCAACAACUCUACGAAUACCCCUCGAUGACAGUCUUCCAACCCACUCACACCCCAUAACGAAAAAAUGCAACAGCAAGGUAUGCGGUGACACCGUUGUUGUCCAAGCAUAUUCUGAAAAGCGGAUCUCGGAAUGGCUCUCGGACGUCCUUGGUGUCCCAUGUACACUAGCUCGGUAUCCUUCUGCGCCCGACGGCGGUGGAAGAUAUAUGAAAAACCACCUCCGUCAAGCCAACGGCGAAAUACCAAUAGCUCUUAGAAACGAAAGUCCGAUCUUGGUGGUUAACAGGAAAAGCAUCGAUCCGAUUAACAAUGUGAUUUCUAAAACGGGUGGGAAACUCUCUGACAUAUCAGUCUUCCGCUCCAACAUCAUUGUUGAUGGGCCCCAACCGUUCGACGAAGAUAGAUGGCUUGAACUUAAAUUUCGAAAUUCAAGCUCGACUAUUCAACUCCUAGGCCCUUGUCGAAGGUGUCAUAUGAUAUGCAUCGACCAAACCACUUCAGAGAGGUCACCUGAGCCUUUCGUAACGCUUUCGAAGCUCAGAACUGUCAAUGGAAAGGUCUAUUUCGGACAGCAUGCUACUUUUAUUUCCGAUUCCGAUAACCAGAUAGAAUUGAUACAAGUUGGAGACGAACUCGAUAUCAGCUAUAUUGAUUUAGAUAGCUCGGACACCGACUCCGGCGAGUCUUGCAGCUCUGGUAAUACUGCAAUAACAGCGGAUACUGCCGUUGAUACUACGGAGCCGGCCGCCGAACAGGAACGAGCCCAGACGAGUUGUAUUCUCCAAUAG